GGCGUAAAGCAGACUGGGCAUGAAGGGGACCUGAUCACCUCCAUCUGUUGAUUCAGUUAAAAAUAUGUAGGGUUAUACAUCCACUUCUCCAUGUCUGUAAGGGGCUGUGCUUAAUUAAGUACUGGGACAACUUUACCUUAAGUUAGUUGCAGAUUUUGAAGUAGUUGUUAAGUAAUGUCUGAUAAUGUGAUAUUUUGUUCAGGUUUGGUGCAGACUUCAGUAUGGCAAAUCAGGCAUCAUGUGUGGUGUCCAUGUGUGAUUUCGGAGAUUAUGAGCUGAUUACAGUCCUUUCAUGCAUGCAUCAAUUUCAUGCAGAGUGCAUUGAUACGUGGCGGGAGAUACAGGGCAGAAUGAACUCUGAUCAUCUUCUGACAACUAGUUCCACACAGACCUCUGAUAGCAAGUGCACUGAUGAUGUUAGUCUUCAGGGCAUCUACAAACUGUCCCACAGUUGGAUUAUUGUUCAAACCAUACUACGAACGAAUAGCUUCAAAUGUGUUCACAAGGUGAUCAUCAAACAGCUGUUGCCAGGGAUCGGGACGCUCGGUUUCGUGGCUGCUAGUGGAACUGCCACUGGUGUUUGUCGAGUCUGAGACAGCUGCUCCUGUGAUGUGUUGCCUCGGAGAGUCGCCGCGAUGGAAACUCCAGGGGUGACGAUAUUUGAUGAGAACACCCUUCCUGUUGUGGUUUUGGGUGCUCUCUGCAAUUUCCUCUUCUGCAGUUCCUCCUUCGCGUGACUGCAGCCGCGGUAGUUGGCGGAAUGCGGUGUCUCUCCAUUGACGAACAAUCUGUCUCAGUCAACCUCAGGAUGCGAUAAUAUCAAGCAAAACCUUAAAACUAACUUUUGAAG